AUGCAGCUUACUACCAAGGUUUCCGUUGCCCUUCUGGGUGCUUUCGCCGCUGUCGGUGAGGCCAACAACCACGGCUUCCAGGCUCGCCAGGUGAACUUCCACCCCGGUGGCUACAGCAACCAGACUGUGUCGACCUCCAUCGUGCCCGUCUAUCCGACUCCCCCUCAGUCCAGCGCGGCUGUUGUUCCCAGCUCUCCCGCCGGCGGUGCCCCCAGCUCGGCCCUUAUCCACCCUGCUGGUUCCAGCUCGGCUCCCGGUGCCGGUGCCGGUGCCGGUGCCGGAGCCGUUGGCGCUUCGUCCAGCGUUGCUCCCGUGCCUGUUCCUCUCAGCACCGGUGUCUACAGCAGCGCCCCCGUUUCCGCCUCUGCUGUUGCUCCUACCGACGCUGUUUCGACUGAUUACGAGACUGUCACCUCGACCAAGGAUGUCACUCUCACCUACACCCUGGGCACUGGUGCCUCCCAGACUGUUGUCACCACCACUAUCCACCGCACUGUGACUGACGUCGAGACCGUCUAUGUGACCCCCUCUGCUACUGCUUCCUCCACCGCCAAGGACACCACUCUCACUUCUGACACCACGGUCACCUCGACCUCCACCUCCUACGAGACCUACACCCUGUACGCCGUCUCGUCUUCUUCUGCUGCUGCCGCUGCUGCUACCAGCUCCGGCUCCGCGGUCACUGCUGCCGCCAGCACUGGCGAGACCUGUGCUCCGGUCACUGUUACUGUCCACGACACCGUCACUGUGACCGCCACUCCUGCUGCCCUGUACACCCCCGACAGCAUCGCCAAGAUCGGUGAGACCAGCUCGUCCCCCAGCCAGGCCGAGACCACCUCCGAGGCGGAGACUUCCACCGUGGCCGAGACUACUACCUCGGCGGUCGAGACCACCACCCACAGCAAGCCCACCGUGGUGCCCACCCCCAGCGCCCCCUACGGCCACGGCAACGGCACCUUCCCUUACCCCAGCGGAGCUGCCCGGCCCACUGGCUUCCAGACCAGCAGCAAGGUUGCUUUCCCCUCUCACUUCCGCCGCGUCUACUAG